AUGACAGAAAACUUAAUAACCUUAAAUAAAAAAGACGGAACUUCGAGAUUAGCCGAAGCAAAACCACUAAUCAAAAUUCAAGGAACUUUAACUUCUUCCAUCCAACUCCGCGGAGAAGAAACCCAAGAACCCUACUAUUAUGCCUUUAUCAGACUUAAAGGACAAAAUAUCGACUUACCAGUCAUUUUUAAGAUAAAAGAUGACCAAGAAAACCCCACUAAACCAGAACUGAAAAAGAAUGAUGGUGUUGAAAUAACUGGUCAUUACUCUAAUUCUCCUCACAAUGUCCAUAAAUCUUUUACGGCUUAUUCUUACCAACUCUUACAUGAGAAAAGAAUCCGUAAAAAAUGCGUUGGUUGUUGUGAUACUUUCACCUGUUCCCAGUCUAAGAAUUAUGACUACUGUAAAAAUUGCGAAAUUAACGGCAGCCGUUAUGUCCCUCGCGAAAAUAAAUGUCCUGAAUGUGGGGAUGGUAGCGGAACCAUUAAAUUUCCCAACCAGCCUCCUCGUUCUUGUAAAACUUGCUCCUUAAAAAACCAAGCCAUUUUAGCCGAAAGUAGGGAACAAUUACCCAAGUUUGAAAAAGAGUUGGAGGAAAUUAUUCAAACUCGGCAAAGAUUACAAAGCCAUGAAUAA